UUGGCUGUGUUUCCGUACGGAACUGUUUGCAGACGGAACCGGAAAAGCAGCGAAUCAUAACUUCCGCGCAUGUGUUGGGGGGGUGGUAAAAGAAUCAGCCCAUUGCUUAUAGCCAUAUGGGUAGUUCAGUGUAAAUUUCAUAUAAAUAUAAUUGUGAUCUGUAAACAGUAGUCGAACAGCUGUGUCGACAAGAUGGCGGAAAUUGUUCAGCAUCGGAUCGAGGAGAGGAUCCCUGAGCUGGAGCACCUAGAGAGAGUGGGACUGUUCACUAAGAAAGAAGUAAAAUCCAUAAUCAAGAGAGCAACAGCCCUGGAAUACAAGCUUCACAGGUUGAUCGUAAACAAAGAGGACUUCAUUGCGUACAUCCAGUAUGAAAUCAACGUUUUAGAACUGAUCAAGAAGAGGAGAGCGCACAUACACUACAACUUCAAAAGAGAAGAGAUCGAGUUCCCCAUCAUCCAUAGAAUAAAUAGUAUCUUCAGAAGAGCAACAAAUAAGUGGAAGGAUGAUGUGCAGCUAUGGUUCUCACAUGUUGCUUUCUGUAAGAAAUGGACCACCAAAAACCAGAUCAGCAAGGUGUUCUCAGCCAUGCUUGCUAUCCACCCUGACAAACCAGCCUUGUGGAUAAUGGCUGCCAAGAGUGAGCUGGAGGAUAGAGAUUCCUCUGAAAGCGCCAGGCACCUGUUUCUGAGAGCUCUGCGCUUCCAUCCAAACAACAAGAAGGUCUAUCAGGAGUAUUUCCGUAUGGAGCUGCUGCAUUGUGAGAAGCUGAGGAAGCAGAAGCAAGAGCUGGAGAUGGCUGAGAUGGACCUGGGUGAAUACGAGUUCUCUCCAGAGAUCCUGAGCGGUAAACUGGCUGAGGUUGUGUACAGAGACGCUACAGGAAAAAUCAAAGAGGCAGAGUUUGUCAUUUCACUUCUGAACAUAGCCGCAAUCUUUGACUUCACCAAAGAACUCCAGGACUCCAUCCUGCAAGACCUGCAGACCAACUACACAGAGGACAGCUUGACAUGGGAUUUCAUGGCUAAGAGGGAGCUGGAGGCUCCGGGGGUAGGGGAGGAGCUGCAGUCAGCCAAAGGUCGAGCCUCGGAUGUCAACCGAAGAGAGGAACGCUGCUGCCAGGUCUACGAGGAGGGCGUCACAAGCCUCAACACCGAGCCCAUGUGGACUUGUUACGUGGCCUUCUGUGUGGAAAGACUGAAAAGAAAGACCAAUGUCCAAGAACUGAAGGAACAAAGACAAGAGAGGCUGCUCGGAGUACUGCAGCGUGCCCACGACUCUUCACUGCUGAAGGAGAAUUAUUAUCAAAACUGGCUGCAGAUCCUGCUCUCAUCUGGAGAUGCUGAGGGCGCAGCCAGGGUUGCCAUGGCAGCCACGCAGCGCUACAGCCAAUCAGUGUCAGCGUGGAGCCUGAGUCUGGAGGCGCUAAUGCAUCUGGGGAGUGGAGACGUGGGGAGGCUAUUCCAGGAUGCUCUCACGCAUGUUAAUCCCAAGGAGAGCCUCCCACUUUGGCAGCUGCAGGUCCAGUGGAGCGUAGCCAACCAGAGUCCUGAGGAGACAGAAGCCAUUUUCAAGAGAGGUCUGCUGUCGCCGGUAGCGGCUGUUGCCAUAGAGAUGAAAAAGAGCUACCUUGAUUGGUCCUACUCCACUGGAGGCUACAAGAAAGCUAGGAAGACCUUCACAAGCUUGCAGGAAAACCGUCCAUUGUCCAAGGCCUUUUUCACCAGAAUGAUCGAGAUCGAGAAAGAGCAAGAGAAUCCAAAGAUGAACAAUCUGAGAGACUACUAUGAGAGAGUCCUGCAGGAGUUUGGCACCUCAGAUGAGGAUCUGUGGCUGCAGUACAUACAGGAGGAGCUGGGGCCCCUCGGACAGCCAGAGAAAUGUGGCAAGAUCCACUGGAGAGCCAUGAAGUUUCUGGAGGGGGAGAGUGUGGAGAGGUUCACUUCCAAAUAUACUCUGUUUCAGGCCGGACACAUAUGAGUAGCCAUGUAAAGUCCAAGUGCUGUAGAGCCAGGUCUGUAAGUUCAGAUGACAGCGACCAAUGUAUAACAGCAGUGUAGAAGUCACAGCCUCCUCUGUUUGUCAGCUGAGGAGGCUGCAGAUAUUUUGGAACAGAUGCUUGUCUUGUUCCUGUAGAACACAGGGGUCAUAUCUGCUCAUGAAUUGUUGCAUUGCCUUCUUGUCAGUUUCUGAAGUUUGUCGUUGAUUCUUGCUCAGUGGUUCUACCAGUGUUUAAAGAAACAUCCUGGAA